AUGCUCGUCCAUCCUGUUCACCGGAUAAUCAUCGCGAUCCUUCUUUCACUCGCGCUUUGCUCUGCGGCAGACGAGAUCCCCAGCAAUGUAUCAAACGAAGCUCUAUAUGAGAUGGUCCCAGAUUGUGCCAAGGACUGCGUGGACAAUUUUAUCAGAUCCGAGUACAGCCCCACGGAAUGCACAUCAUCGUCCGAUAUCAUGUGCCUCUGCCGCUCCAAGACAACGAGUAGCUUGACACUGGGGGAGGCGGCUCUGAGCUGUGUUAUGUCUAUAUGUCCACAAGCGAUCAUCAGGAAGUCAGAAGCUUAUCAUAUAUGUGACUUGGUGUCUGAAGCCCUCCCGAAAACACACCAAACGAUCACCGCUACCGUCUUUUCGGAUACUAGGACGACGAAGACUAAUGACGCAAAGGCGACUGAUUUCACAACAUCAGCUAGCACUACCUCGUCAAGUAAAUACACGACGCCGACUACUUCCAGUCAAACUUCUGAAAUCACUACUUAUGACCCUUCAUCCUCGGAGUCUCGAGUGGAACCGACCCCCACCGGGGAGAGUGACCCCCCUCCCGUUGAUUCUUCUGAAGAUACAGAAAAGAAGCAUGAUAAUCAUAUUUCGCCAGCAGCGAUCAUUGGUAUGUCAGUGGCAUCGGGCUUGGCAGGGUCGUUCAUUAUUGGCGUAGCUGUGUUUUUCUGUUGCAAGAGGUGGCGACGCAAGCAUCGGGAAGAGACAGCACCGCACAGUUUCGAGAUCGGAGGCGCGAUGUCUGAGCCCUCCGACUUUUCGAACCCUAUGCCACGACCGCCAACAGAUGGCCUAGGCUUAGGGUCUUCACAUAGCCUCGCCAGGGGCAAUGGGGAAAUGUCACAGCGGCCGCAAACCUAUCAAACAAUGAACACUGUCGAAUCAGCAUCACGAUACUCGCCCCAUUUCGCCACAGUAUCACAUCCAGGGCAAGACAGGGAGCCGGACGACCAAGAACGGAUUGGGUGUGCCGUAAGCUCCGAGUCUGACUGGGAAACUUCGCCUCGGACACAAUCUUCCCAGCGCAGCGUAUCACGACUGCUACCAGACUCGAACGCUGGGCUAUAUCCAAAACCGCUGAAGUGGACACACCGACCACCCAGUGGAGAGACACUUUUCGAAGAAGACGAAGGUCAACAAGCGGCAGCAGUAGCAGCAGCGGUAGCAGCACUAGCGACAGGAACGACGCAGAACAACUCCCCAAAGCCAGCGGACCAACCCAAAUUCGCAGGACUGCCUGCGAACCCUCGUGCAUUCAAAAAGGGAUUCAACGCAAGGUACUACAAACAAGAGUCUGAGCAUCCGAGUACUUUAGCGUCACCUUUCAACCCCAAUGCAGCCGUUAGAGCCUCGCCACCCAACAAUACCUCGGUAAACAGCCAACCUUCCGAGUCACCACAAACUACCCAUCCCUCCUCAACUUCAACACUCCUCACGGCUCCCAUCAUGACCAAUCAAGAUCAGAACCAGAACCGCAGAUUGUCACCAGAAAGACCAGCACCCCAACCUCCCCUUGCCUCAUCAUCGACGCUGCCCCCAGGCUCAGAGAUAGUGUCCAGGCCUCGCAUUGUCCACGGCAACGACAUCAAACGUGUCCAGAUCCGCGGCAGUCCACGACAACCCAGCGAAGUCGUCGUACCGUACUGUCCAGAUGACUUGUGGUUAGAGCGCAACCGCGCCCUUGCACCACCAAGAUCCCGAGAGCCUUCAGGAGAACUACCAUAUCCUUCAGACCUGUGUCCUGGGGCUGUGCAUUACCCCGAUAGCCCGAAGAAACAGGCUGCCACUGUCUCAAAUCGGGUUUCUCCAACUAGUCGCAACUUAACUCCGUCGAGAAGGGGCGAGGACUUGAUCCUUCGUGUCGAUUAA